CCAAGGCGCGCAGGCUGCGUGCGUCCUACUUCUCGGCACAGGGGCCACAGGAAGCCCCCCCCCCCCUCCAGACUUGAGUGCUUAGGAAGCACAGGCACUCCUCUAGGGUAAGGAGCAGGAGAUGUGACCGUAAGAGGCCCACAAGGGAUGUCAGCCCAGGAGCUCACUGUCCAUCUGUGGCAGGAGGGAGACCGCCACCUGACCCUGGAUGAGCUGCCCCUGGCCACUGCCUUCUACCUGGCUGCCUUCAGCUGCCACCCAUCCUCAGUGGUGCAGAGGGCACAGCAGUCGCUGAGCCAGGAGCAGACGGGGCAGGUGGUCUCCAUACUCGAGGCCUGGUGCCGGGGAGAGGCCCAGAUCCCCUCUAUCCACUGGGAUGGCAUGGCCGUGGUCUCCCUCACUGUGGCCCUGGCUGCCGCCUUCCUCAGCGCCCUCCACCCCAACAACCUGGCUGCCUCCCUCUAUAGACUGACCACCCUGAUGGGGCAGGGACGGCAUGAGGAAGUGGCCAGUCGAUGUAACGCUCUUCUGGAGGUCCACGUCCCAGGAUCCCUGGAGCUGCGGCUCGUGCGAGCUCUGGCCUGGAUCAUGUCUGGGGCCAAAGUGGGUGAUGGCGUCAUUGAGUAUCUCCAGGCCUUCGUCACCUAUGCCAACCAGACUCUGGGCUUUAUCCUCUCUCACCAACGGGACCACCUCCCCCUGCUCAUUCGUGCCUGCCAGGAUUACCUCCUGGAGCAGCACAAGGCAGAGGCAGCUGGAAGCCAGUGGGCCAGUGAUUGUCACUGCUUCCUAGCUGCCCUGGCCCCCAGAGAGACCCAGGGAUCCUCCACACAGGCUGCGUCUCUGCUCAGGACAGGCAGAUGGGAGGAGUGUGUGACCAUGUGCAGCCGCAUGCUUGAAUCAACCCCAACUGAUGGCAAACUCCAAGGAGAGUGUGCAUCCAUCCUGCUGGUUAUCCGUGCAGCAGCCUCUUUCUGCCUUCGUUGCCGGAGCCGGGAGAUGCUUCAGGACCUCCAGGAAGCCUUCCGGCUGAACCCAGACCGCGCCAAGAGGCAGCUGGAAGAGGUGUUCUCACCCAGGGACAUGGAUCAGAUCCUGGCGCAGGCCCAGGAGAUACUGGAGAGGGACUUUUCCCUUUUCAGAGAGGCAGUGAGAGCUCGAGUAGAGCUCCGAGCUGAUGGGGGCACAGAGCUACUGCCUCCCAUCGUCCACACCCUGCGCUUCCUCCUAUGUGUGGCUCCCCUCGGGGCCCAGCGGGAGCUGACCAUCCGGCUUAUUGACUGCCUGUUGCUGUCCGGUGACAGCCACUCGGCCCUGGGGCUCUGCGAUCGCCUUCUUGGGUCCAAGCACCCUACCUACCUCAGCACCUUGCUCACACUUCGGGGAUUCUGCACCCUCCGUGCAGGCAAGGCCGGGCAAGCCCUGGAAGAUUUCCAGGCAGUGGUGGAACACGAAGCCCCCCACCCUGGGAGCUGCGUGAGAGCCCUGUGCGGGCGCGGGCUGCUGCGGCUGCUGGCCGGCAGUCCGUACCUGGCCACUCUGGACUACAUCACCGCCUCUAGGCUGAGGCUGCAGGAAGCCGUCUUCACCGUCAAGUCCUAUAUCCCCUGGAAUCAGCGGGGGCUGCUGCUGAAGGUGCUGCAGGAGGAAGGGCAGAAGAUGCUGCAGAGGAGGGCGGAGCCGGCCUCGGGAGGUACCAGCACCUGCUGCAAGAAGGCAACCGAGGAAGAGGGCACCCUGCCUGCGAAAGAGGGGGAUGCCUGUGGGGUUCAUCAGCUGGCAGCCCUGCUGAUGGAGCUGGAUGCAAGUGAUGAGAUAUCCAGGCUUCUGAGUGCGGAUGCCCUCUACCAAAUGGGCCGUAUCGAAGACGCCCACAAGACCCUCUUGGUGGCACUCUCCAAGAGCCCCCACACGGCCCCCAUCCUGGCCCGCCUGGCCCUGCUGCAGCUACGGAAAGGCUUUUUCUAUGAUGCCAACCUGCUGAUAAAGAAAGUUAUCCAGAUUGGGGACACCUCCUGCCUCCAGCUAAUCAUGGAGAUCUUCAGGGAAGAGGACCGGAAGCUGCUGCAAAACCACUGCCACUCGAGGGCUGUGACAAUCCUGAAGAAUAAGCAGGGGGACACGUACACCAAAGAGGCCAUUGCCUACCUCUCUCUCGCCAUCAUUGCCUCAGGAAGCCAGGCCAGGGAAUCCCUCCUGGCCAGGGCCCGAUGCUAUGGCCACCUAGGCCAGAAGAAAACAGCCAUUUAUGACUUCAACACUAUUCUCAGGACUGACCCUACCAAUGUGCAGGCUCUAUGUGGUCGGGCAUUUAUGCAUCUGGUUCUGAAUCAGCAGAAGGAAGCAGUGGACAACAUUGUUUCUGCUCUUACCCUGGACAUGGCGGGAGUGGUCCCCGAGAUCUUGUCACUGAAGCAAGAAGCCCAGGUCUUCAUCACUCAAGGCCUCUACUCCCACUGCAGAGCUGGUCUGAACCAGCUGGCUUCAGACAGGAGCCUUCCUAGGGAAGAGACCUUCGAGAAACUGCUGGCCAUCGGGGAAGCGCUCGUUAAAAUAGACGCCACAAACUCUAGCUGGCGCAUCCUUCUUGCUGAUGUUUUGAUUUUGACAGGUCACUAUGAAAAGGCUCUUGAACACCUACAAGAAGUCCUUGGCCCUACUCCCAGGUCUGAGCCUGCCCAGGCCCGUCUGGGAUUCCUCCAGUUGAAGAAGAGAGACACUGAAGCUGCCAUUCAUAAUUUGCAGCCCCUGGCUGGAAAAGACCCCAAGGAUCUGGGGUUCCUCUUGUAUCUGUUGGAUGCCAAGCUGCGGCAUAGCCUCUCACAGGCAGCAGCUGAGGAAGGAAAUGUCCUAGAGAAGGAUCAGUGCCCAGAGAAGGCUCUUGGCUACUACACCUUGGCUGUCCUGGCCAGCAAUGGGAACCCCAGUUACCUCCGGAUGAGGGCAUCGUGCCUGUCCCACCUUCAGGACUUCAGCCAGGCCCUCAGAGACUUGGACAAAGUGAUCCAGAAGCACACAGCCAAUGACCUCCAGACACAGGUGGAAGAUUUUUGCUCCAGAGGCCGUUUGUUUUUGGGCCUCUUAGAUGAGGCCAGUGCUGUGGAAGAGUUCAUCCGAGCCUUCCAGCUCUCUCCAUCCCUGGCCCUGCACAGUGUGUCUGCUCAGCCAGGACCCAAACCACUGGCCCAGAUGUUUCACCUGGCGGGUCAGCACUGCUUGGAGGAACAGCGCUAUGAGGAUUCAUGGAAGGUGGUCCAGUAUGGCCUCCUUCUAGAUGAAAAUAGCAGUGAUUUGAAGAAGCUUCGAGGGAGAAUCAAGAGAGAGGUCUCAUGGGGCUGCAGUAUUCACUGACCUACAGCAAGAGGGGGGCCUUUAAAGGCAACUCAGCCACUCCCCCCCAAGAAGAAUCCAUCCUUCUUUGUUCAGGGUGAGCAAGGAGAGGUGGUCCUUUAACAUGACACUUAAUCAUAGUGGUUAUCCAUUUUUUCUCUUCCUGACAGACUGUCAACUUCUUUGAGGAGGAAAUUGAGAUAUCCAAAAUUAGCCUAAAUAAUAAUAUUUACAUGGCACAUUAAGGCUUGUGAUGCACUUUCCACAUGUUAUCUCAUUUGAUUAUUGCAACAACCCUGUAAGACAGAUGCUUUUAGAUGAGGACAGUAGGCUGAGAAAGGUUAAAUGAUUUGCCCAAGGUUAAUCACAUGGCUGGUUAAGUGUCUGAGACAGGAUUGAAAUUCAGUUCAUCCCAACUCCAAGACCAAUACUCUAUCCAUUUCACCACCUAGCUAGAAAGACAAAAUUUAGAUAAGAUAGAGCUGCUGCCCUCCUGGGGCUUAUAGUCCCUUAAGGGUUAGUGCAUGACACAUAGUAGGUGCUUAAUAAAAAUAUGUUCAUUGACUGAUUAACGGAUACACAUACUUGUUAUAAGGUUGUUUCCCACACCCAGUGGGGGAUGAAAGGUGGGAGGGAGAAAAAUAAGACGUUUUAAAAUUUUAAAUAAAUACAUAUUAAGGGCACAUAAUAACUUGUAGUUGGCCUUAAGACCUAAAGUUAAAGGUGCUAUUGGUAAGGGAAGAGAGAGAGUUUCCAUAGGAACAGGAGAUACUAGGACUCCUCAGAGGCACAGCCUAGUCCAAAAUCCCAGAUUGCUGCUGGAGUCAUCAGUGUCUCUUGGUGUCACCUUAAACUCAGGUACCGAAGAGCAAGAGCCCAAGGGGAACUUCUCGUGUAUGUAAUUUUGCUCUUUCAAGGUUGACUAGGUUUCAACUGGACUUAAGGACUACAAGUGGUCACAGGAGAUAAAAGGGCAUCUUCACAAGCAGGAUCUCACCAAGCAUGAAAUUGUCUUUGGUCACAGGAGUCAGGGAUAUGCCUAAAGUCCAGCUUCCUAUGAAAUCUGGAUCUGUCUGUGUGGAGAACUUCCAAACCAGUUAGUAUCUACUUACUACUUACUAUCAGUUCUAGUUUAACAUGGACUCCAUUUAUGCCUUGCUACAGUUUAUAACCUCUUGGGUUAUUUUACUUCUCUGCUGAGGAACCCAAUCUCUGCUGCCUGCGGUCACCAGCCUAUCUGCCUUUGUUCAAAAUAUAAUUUAAAAUAUGUAAUUAAGAGAAGCAAUGACAAAAGCCAGUGUGAAUUACUCCAGUGAUCCGGGAGAUUUGUGAUCUCAUCUAAAGGGGAGCUCCCUCCAGUGGUGAGUAUCUCAACUCAUCUGAGCCACCCUGCUCCAAUUUUAUCAAAGUCAUCCCCUAAGUAGACCACAGGAAGUCCUCCCAACAUGCUAGGGGCCCUCUUGACAUGAUGUAAUUACCUAUGGAACAAGCAGGCAAAUAGCAAAUUAGUUAUCCUUCCAUCUUGCUAUGUGACUAACGCAUCUUUUAUUCCUAAAUCAUACAUUAGUGGAAUUCUUUAGCAUUGCAUUUCAAUCUCAUUUGUCAAGCUUUUUAAUGUUGGCUUCUUAGCUUGAAAUAUACAUAGUAGCUUGACCUAGCCUGAGGAAGCAUUGCCCAUCACAAAUCCCUAGAGGACCUGCUUUAAUGAAUAGAGAAUGGCAUGAACUUACUAUGUCCACUGUUGGAAUGUAAACACUAAACUGCAAAGAACUUAUAAAAACAGGUGAUUCCCACACACCUCCAAAGUAGUUUAAACAUUUCUCCUGCGAGUAAUCUUAUUGAAAUAUUUUCUUAGAAAAUAUUUGCAGUUAAAACAAAAGGAAGCCCAACUCCAUGUCCUACUUGAGUAAUUUCAGAUUAGAAAGAUCAGAAUUAAAGGAGAUAAAUUUCAAAACUCACACUUGUUGAGCUAGCAAAACACCUAUCCUCAUGACAAAUAUCUGAGGUAGGUAGGGAAAAUAUUAUUAAUCCCAUUUUAAAGGAGGAAACUGAGACUUUGAGAGCUGCCAUGUCCAUGAGUCAAGUGGAAUUUGAAUUCAAAUUUUCCUAAGUCCUAGUCUAUCCACUACCUCACACAUACCUUCAUCAGCACAGGUGGACUGCACAAUCCAAUUUAAACAUGAGGACUCUCCUCCAUGAACUAGAGAGAUUUUGAGUCAGAAAACAGCAUGUUCAUUUCAGCUCUGUUACUUACUACUGUAUGACCCUGACUAAGUCUUUUAAUCUUCCUAGGUCUUGGUUUUCUCAACUAUAAAAUCAAGAUAUUAAACCAAAUGAUCUCUGAGGUGUCUUCCAGCUCAAUGAUCAUACAAGCAGCCCUUCAUUGGCUCUGCCAGUCUCAGAAUAGAUUCCAUGGCAAAUCCCACCACAGUUGACCUAUGAUCAGCACUUGAAACUAUUUUCUUCCAUCAUUAGAAUGCAAUGAGAACCAGCUCCUAAUGGUGGGAGUUGUCCAAAUGUGGAACAGACUGCCCCCUCCCUUCUCCCUAGAAUGGUAAAGCAGAAGAUGGAUGACCUCUUAUCAAGGAUGUGGUAGAGAUUCUUGUAUAGAUGUGGGUUGUACCAGAAACCUCUUGUAACUCUGAGAUGCUGUGCCCAUCCUCCUCUUUCAAGGUUCCUUAAAGAUUCAAAAAGCACCUGGUUGCCUAUUCACGAUCCAUAUUUUAACCAAAAUUCAUGUUUGGUCUUUAUCAUUUCUGCUCCAUCAUUGAAUUUAAUAGCUUAAAGGAACCUCAUGGUCAACUAGUUCAAACUAUAUCUGAGCAAGACACCUCCUCUACAGCAGGAGUUCUUCACCUGGGGACCAUGGACUCCCCAAAAGGUCUGGUUUUAGGUGCUCUGUGAACUUAAAUGGAAAAAAAUGCAUCUUUAUUUUCAUGAACCUUUAACUGAAAUUAUCCUUAAAUUAUUUAAAAACA